CGAACUUCCGAACAUACUUCCGGCAACAUCAGUUAUCUCCCUUGUUAGGUCAGAUGUCAUCUGUCAUCGGCGAUGUAAUGUACGACAUCGGUUAAAGACCUUUUAGCAAAAAAGAAGAUCUAUAAUAAAAAAUUAGAAAAUGGCUUGAGGAAGCUAAACAGUUUGCAUUGACUCCUGUAAUAAUUUUGUUUAUAACAUCAAGAUGAGGAGAUCAGACGAUGAUGACCUUCAACAAUACCUAAAACACAGAUGACCGAGGAAGAAGAAAAAGAUUUCCCUAUGAAAUCUAGUUUAAAACAAAAACUUCAAUCUUUUGGAAGAAAUUGUAAAAUACAAGAUAAAAUGAAGACAAAAAACUUCUAUAUUCUUGUCCUUUUUCUUGGAGCAUCAACAUUGUCACUUUGGUUGCUAAGCAACCCAUCACCACAUCUUCACACUAUUGUUACGCAAACCCAUAUUCAAAUCAAUAACAUCAAGAACAUUCCAGAGAAUAUUAGGACCUCUCACAAUGAAGAGUACAAAAUUGAUCCUAAUGUGCUAGAAGAAUUAGGAUUUCAUGAAACUCAUUCCAUUACAUAUAAUAAUUUACAUAAAGAUAUAGAAAAUUUGCCGAUUGGAACUGUAAUCAAGCCUGGGCUUUAUGAUGAAAGCAUGCGCUUAAUUAAAUCUUGCCAUAAACAUUUACCGUCAAAGAUGAUCUUGAUUUAUGACCUUGGAAUAAAUUACCAUCAACGUCUAUUGGUGAAAACAUAUUGCAAUGAGACAAUAAGGAAAUGCACAUUAAAGAAGUUUGAAUAUGAACAAUAUCCCUCACAUGUCAAGGAUUUAGAAAUAAAGAGUUAUAGACCAAUAAUUAUUCAGGAAAUUUUAAGAGAUUAUGGAAUGGUUUUAUGGGCAGAACCACCAGAAGUGUUACUGACUGGUCAAAUUAAUCAUUUAAUAAAAAAGGCACAGACGUUAGGACUUGUAGCCUGGACGAUUAAAGAUCCUGUCUCUUCUCUCACAUAUACUAAAAUGUUAAAACAUUUCAAAGUUAAAAUAGAGGAUUAUUAUUUCAAAGAGUCAGCAAAAACUAGUCAAUUGAUUGUGUUCGAUACAGAAAAAAUUCACAAGGAUUUAAUGUUACCAUGGGUAAAGUGCGCCCUUGUUGAAGAAUGUAUAAGCCCCACAGGAGCGCAAAACACGGCAUGCAAUUAUGAACGAAAGCCGUUAUUUAAGUAUUCAGGAUGUCAUAAAUACGAUAUGUCAGCAUUUGAUGUGAUUUUAGGUAAAAUAUUUAAGCAUUCACAAGAGUAUGCUGUAGAAGAAAGGGUAUUUGGUGUACCGAAAAUAGUUGUGCCGCAAAAUACAGAAAAUUAUCAAAUGUUUGUUUCACAUAAUGUUACAACAGACUAUAUAGAAAGAACUAGACUUGUUCAAAUUCCAUAAACAUGUUAAAGGAGAAGUUUUAAAUCAUGAUUCAAAUAAUCAAAAAAUGUAUAUAAUACUUUUAUAACAUGUACAUUUAUUAGUACAUUGAUGUAACUACAUUUCAGUAAAGUAACGUAAGUGCAUUUUAGUAUACAAAGAUCUCAAAACAGUUUUUAGAAAGUUGUUGAAGUAGCUACUGUGGAUUCAUUACUAUUUUGUUGAUUCAGUGAGUAUAGGCAAAGCACAAAUUUAAUGCUUCGUUCACAAUUGAAUUAGAAUCAAUUGCGAAUCGAAUUUGCUAAUUGUGUUCAAACGCUCUUUUUUUUUUUAUUUCAAAUUGAUUCAAAUUGGUGAAUUCCAAAUAUCCAAUUCGCAUUAGAAAUACGCUUUUGUUAAUACGAACUAAAAGGUAAUGUUGUUUGGACAGUAAAGUGAAUUUGACGUGCAUUGUAAUUCGAAUUAGAAUGGCGUUAGGAUGUUAAACAUUUCGAGUGCAAAUUACAUUAAUUCGAAUUAGUUAAUUCAAAUCGAAUUCGAAUAACGUGUGAACUCAGCAUUAAUGUUCAAAAAGUACAAAAAUUUUCAAUAUGUUCAGACUUCUUCAAAACCAUGAAAUCAAAUAUCCAUGAAAAUAUAAAUUUUCCAUGAUUUCAGAAAAUUCAAUGGUAACUGUCAAAAUAAAAUGAAUCCACAGUAGUAAAACACCUAAAAAAAACCAAGGAAUAUUAUUCAAAUAUGUGAUAAUUUUAAAAUCUGGAAAAUUGAUACAAAUGUAUGAUGGAAAUUAACCCAACUAAAUAGCUCAUGGAUAACACUUGGGAUAGUUAAUUUAUAAUGAAAUAUCAUUGAUUGUAAAAGUAACCUUGUAUAUCAAAUACAAAGCCUUUUAUUGAAAUAUUGAAGGAGCAAAUUAUUAAGAUAUGUCUGAUAUUUGUAGCUAUGUUUAGAACAUUAACAAUUAAUUUCCUUUGCAUAUGUUUGUAUUUUAUUUAAGAUUGUUGCUCAAUAUGAAACGAACAUUGUUUAGAAAUAAGACAUUUUUAAGAAUAGAUAUUAAAAUUCUUUAUUAACCAAUCAUGAACCCUUUCAGGUUUGAAAUUUUAUACAAUAAUUAGGAUGACAUUAGAAUGAUAGAUAAAAUGCAACAUUCAUAGAAUAACGACAGAAAAUACUGAACUCCAAUGGAAAUUCAAAACAGAAAGUCCUUUAUGAAAUAGAAAAAUCAAAAGCUGAAUGGAAAAAAAUUGUUAUAGAUAAAUGUAUUAAUGACAUGCAUGACAUGCACAUUUAUACCACUAGGGGUUGAAGGCAUAUGUUGAAUGGUCAGUCCAUGUACAAGAAAGAGCAAUUAAGGAAAAUAGUAUUUUACUGAGAUAAUUAUUACCUCCCUUUGUAAUUUAAAUAAAUGAUGUUUUCUUAAGGUAGAAUAUGAAAUUACAUGUUAUAAUAAACAUGAUAAGAAAAUAAAUUUUUACUUGUACAAAAUGGCAUGAAUGGUGUGAUAGUUUUUCAGAUGUUUGAAUGGAGGUGAUGAAAGCCUUUCAUUUGAUAAAUUUGUAGGUAACCACAAACAUGCCACUGUAAUGGGUCUCUUUUUUGUACCUCAUAUCUAUAUAUGUCUUGCAAUUUCACCAUGGUAAAAUAUCAAUGGGUCAUUAAUUUUAAAUUUAUAAUUUUUUACUGCCUUUUAGUUAUUUUCAUACUUUCCAUGUAUAACUUUUGAAAACGUGUUAUUGUCCCCUGUGUAUCUCAUUGCUGGGAAUAUGAAAAUACGGGGCGUCCAUCUGCCCUGUACAGCGUCUGUCUGUCCAGUCUUUCUAGCACUCUCACGCUACAAUUCUUGCCAGAUUUUUAUAAAACUUAUACUAUAUGUUAAUAUCAGCAAUAUCUCGGACAUAUUCUGUAACUGUGGACGAUCAACUAUUAAAAGAGUUUUGCCCCUUGGAAAUAUUAAAUUUAUGGAAAAAUGGCCUCAAAAACACUCUCAUGGUUAAAGAUUUUAUAUUUUUAAAAUAGAGAAGCAAACAUCAUGAAGGUUAUUCUAAUACACUUAAUCGCUAUUUAUUCCAUUUGGGAUAAGUUCUAAAAUUACACAACUUUUUCAUCCAGUUGAAGCUAUCUGGGACCCUGUUUAAACAAUUAACCAUGCAUGAUACUUUUUAAUGACACCUGUUUAAACUAUCGUAAAUACUUCAAACAAAAUACUUUUUAACUUCAAUUUUAAUUUCGAAAAAAGUGGAUCAUACUAUAUCAAAGUUUCUUGAUGAUCACUUUCUAAAGUUUAUUCUCCCUCAGCUCACUACUGAUGACCUCCAUUUUUCCGCAGGUGACCUAAACAGGAAGUUGUAUAAAGGACUGUUUUCUCGGAAUGGACUAAAUAGCGAUAAGGUGUAUUGAUAGCUCUCUUUGUUUUUAUACAGUGAGUAUUGUAUCAUUAUUAAUGUAACUGUAAUAUGUAUGGACUUGCUUCUAAACUAUGUAGUUAUCCAUUAUAAUUUGAUUUUCAUACAUUUAAUAAUUAAAUAUAUGUUAUGGCAUAAGCAUUUCUUUUAUAUAGAUUAUUAGUAAUUUGUUUAAGUUUUAUUGUUUGGAAAAUAAAGUUAAUUAUUA